AUGUCAUUAUCUUCUUCAUCUAUAUCAACACAAUCUACAACUAGUCGCCUGGUAGAUCCAGAAACAACUACUCAACAACCAAUUAUAUUUGCUCCUGAAACUUAUCAAUAUACGAAGGGUCAUUUAAAUGAGUCAGAUUUAUUACCUAAUCCUUUAGAUCAAUUUAAUAAAUGGUUUAUACAAGCUCAAAGAGAAUUACCAAAAGAUUCAGAUAUUAUACCAGAAGCUGUUAAUUUCUCAACUGCAAAUUUACCAAGUGGUAGAGUAUCUUCAAGAAUUGUGUUGCUUAAAGAAUUAGACAAGUAUGGUUUUUUAAUUUAUUCCAAUUGGGGAACAUCCAAAAAGUCUAAAGACUUUAAUUCCAAUAAAUAUGCAUCCUUAACCUUUUUCUGGCCACAUUUACAAAGACAAGUUAGAGUUGAAGGUAUUAUGGAACAUGUUACCCGAGAAACUUCCAUUAGAUAUUUCAAUACUCGUCCAAAAGGUUCUAAAAUCGGAGCAUGGACAUCUCCACAAUCUUCAAUUAUUCAAUCUAGAGACGAAUUAGAUUCUAUAAAUCAAGAAUAUCAAGAGAAAUUUAAAGAUUUAGAAGAAAUUCCAUGCCCUGAAUAUUGGGGAGGUAUUCGUAUUGAACCAUUAGAAAUUGAAUUUUGGCAAGGUGGUAAUAGUAGAUUACAUGAUCGUUUAACAUAUAGAAGAACUGAUAUUAAAAAUUCCCAAUGGGAAAUAUUUAGAUUAGCACCAUAG